AUGACUUUUCAGAUUGAUACUGGAAGAAAUAUACAAACAUCUGAUUGCAUCAAAUUUGAUAUCUAGAAUCCAUACACAACUAAUCCAGGCUAUUACUCUUCUUCAGGACACAAUGUUGAAUGUAGUGUAGUCAGUUCAACACAACUAAAGAUGAGAUUUACUUCAUCAUCAACUUCUUAAACUGUCAUAGGAGACAUAUCAUCCAUAAAAAAUCCAUACUCAAAAGUUACUCUAACAGUCACUGUAGGAUAUUAUGUGGGAUGUGAUUCGGCUAUUGCACCUGAAAACCCAUAGUCACAGUAGUUUAUCACAUUUACCUCAGGAACAAUAAAUACUAUCUCAAUGUCGUCUAAUUCAGAUGUGAUUGGUAAAUAAAAUUGCAUCCUGACUUUAAGAUUCUCACCGGUCACUAUACUCAAACCGAGUGGAAGAAUAGAAUUCUUUGUUCCGUUCUGGUAUACCACUUCAAAUUCUAACUCUAAUGUGUUCUAUGUGCUUGAUAGGACUUCAGUGGUUGCAUCUUCAACCUCUGGAUUUACAGUUUCUAACUCUGCAUUUUCAGCUUCUUCUGGAAUUUACUCAUUUAAUUUUGCGACAUCUGGUUCAGACAUUGCAGGUGGAACAUAAAUAACACUAACUUUUACAAAUUUCAGGAAUCCCAUUACAAGUUCCUCAUUAGCAGGAUUUCACUUAUUCACUCUGGAUGUUGAUGGCAAUAUCAUUGAUCAGACAGUUACUAGUUAAACUUUCCCAGGUGUUUCUACUCCAGCAUCAAUUUCAUCUACAUCAGCAGCAUUACUAAUAACAACAUCAUCUGCAACAAGUUAUAAUGUAGCAUCAACUGGUAGAACAGUUUAAUUAGGUUUUACAGUAAAUACUCCAUUAGAAAGGACAUGCUAUGUUAAAAUAGCAUUCCCAAGUCAGAUAAAAAUAGACAUCGAUGAGUCAAUGACUGGUUUUAAAGGUUCAGGAUUCAUGACAGGAGAUGGUUCAUUCUCUACAGGCACUUCUACUAAGUCUGCCUACGGUACUGGAAGUAAUACAGUUAUUAUAGCUUCUUGCACUGAUCAAAAUUAGCUUGGAAAAAGUGCAUAAGAAGGAACGAUAUAGUUAUUCAGAGUGGUAUCUCCAACAUCAGUUGGCUCAGUUAGCAUUUUUACUAUUUCAGUUGCAAAAGACAUUACUUUCAGUAAUGUGAUUGCCACAGGAACAAUUACACCUAGCUUUACUAUGCUAGCUAAUAGUGUAUCAAUUAGUUCUUCUGGUUCAUUUUCAGCAUCCUCUAGGAUUGUCUAAGUUGCUUCGCAAUACACUUUUACAUUUACACCAACCUCAAAUUUGUUUAGUGAUUCAUUCUUUGAGAUAACAUUACCAGAUGGAAUGGAGGUUUCAGGAACAUCAAUUUGCUCUGUAAUCUCUACUGUAAAUAUAUUGAGUACAGCAACUUGCACUUUUAGUGGCACCACUAUGAAAGUAGUCAAUAUGAUAUCAGACACAAGUACUUUUGGCUGGGACUACUCAGUGAGUAGUGCUAUUUCAAUCACUAUAAGUGGCCCUUCAAACCCUUACUCUGCCACUACUUUUGGCUCUUGGAGUGUUAAGACCUAUAACUUAGUAUCUGGAAUACAGAGACUUGUAGAUUAGUCAUCUAGUGUCUCAACUAAUACAUUAGCAAUCGAGACUACUCUAAAAUCUGUUGUUUAGACAGUAGAAACCUCGAGUGCCAUAACAUAUUAGGAGUCUACAAUGACAUUUGAAUUCGUACUCUCUAAAAACCUGAGAUCUGGAUCUAAAAUUAAGAUUAUACCCCCAACUGAUGUUAAAAUUUCAUCAAGCAGCCCCACUUGCAAGACCUUUACCUCAGCUUAAGGAACAUAAUCAGCCAGUUCUUGUACAAAAUCAACUAGUAGCUCGAUAGCAGCUGAUAACAAUAUUUUGUUCACACUAGGCUCUUCAAAUCUUGGUACUGCUGACAAUACUUACAAAUUAAUAGUCACAGGUUUUAGAAAUCCCAGAUCUACGAAACAAUCUCAAUCAUUUACAAUUAUUACAUUUGAUAGCACUGGUUCAAACAUGAUUGAAAUUGGUACGAACUUCUUUGUAAAAGCUACAACUGCUGGUACCACUCCGACCCUAUCUCUUUCUUUAACAAACUACACUAAUGGAAAUAAAACCAAUACUGUAGGAUCAGUUAACUACUAAAACACCUACACGUUGAAAUUUUCAUCAAGCGCUGUGAGUCCAUUUGUGCCGAUAGAAGCAGGCGAUUAGAUUGUGAUUGAGUUUCCAAGUGAGAUAUAGCUUGGCACUCCAUUAACUUGCUCCUCUUCUUAAUCAUGCUCAUCUUCUGGGCAGAAACUCACUAUCGUGGCCAACCCUUCUACUUCGACAUAUUCUUUUACCACAGAUGUGAAGGGACCUAUUAAUCCACCAUCUAUUAAAGAAACUGGUACAUUCAGUGCAGAAGUGCUAUCAUCCUCUUCUUCAGAUAGUAUAUCAAAAAUUGAUGCAAACAAUAAAGUUACAGUUUUAACUAAAUUCCCUGCGAAUAUCCUAAAAUACUCACUUGCUUAAAACACCACAGAGCUGAACUAAUCAGCGAUAUAUACCAUUAAAUUUACUCCCACUAAUAGACUCUCAACCAAUAGUGUGAUCAAGCUAAAGUGGCCUUCAUAAGUUACAAUUACAGCAAAGGUUGCAACUAUCAUUUCUACAACUAGAACUUAUAAUAACAUUGGAGUAGUUGACUUGAAUUCUAGAUCUAUUACCUUUUCUGGAGUUGUGCCAAGUACCACUUCAAACGAAGUAACUAUAGAGCUUAGUCCAGUAACAAAUCCAAAAACAUCACUAAAUUUGGCUGGAUUUUUAAUUAACACAUAUGAUGAUACUAGUUAGAGUGUCUAGCUUGAUGUGCUCAAUGAUUACAUUUUGAUUCCCUAAUUUGCAUGCAAUUACCCAUGCAAAACAUGCCCUAAGGAUGCUAAGUCUGACUGCUAUUCUUGCUGGGAUGAUGGAUCUCUUACAUAUCUCUAUCGAUUUACCACUCCCGGAUAAUGCUUAAAUCAAUGCCCCAGUACAUUCACAACUAAUGGAGAUAAAAAACUCAAAUAGUGUGUUAAAUGUGACUCAUCUUGCAACAAUUGCAAAGAUGCUGGAGUUGUUGAUGAUAAAUUUAAAUGUAUAACUUGUGCCUCUGGAUAUAAUUUAUAAGAUAGUGAUGGUAGAUGCUAUAAGGAUGUUUGUCCAGAUGGAUAUUACAAAUCAAAUGAUAAAACCUGUUCUAAAUGUUUGUCAUCCUGCAAAACUUGUGACUCUACUGGAGUUAAAUGCACUAGUUGCUUUACUAAUUCAAUUCUACCCUUUCUAAAUGAUGGAGUGUGCGAUAGUUCCUGCACACCCUUAGUGCAAGUACUCGAGGGCUUCGAGUGUGUUUCAUGCAGAGCUCCAUGCCUACUUUGUAAUGGAACUAAAACUACUUGUGUAACAUGCGAUAUCACUAGUGCUUUCCCAUACUUUUACAGCUAUGGCUGCUAUUCAGGUUGUCCAGAGGGAACUACAGCUGAUGAUGCAACUAAGUUUUGUAAGGGGUGUAAAGCAGGUUGCGCUAAAUGUGAUCUCUUUGACCAGGCUUUAUGCCUUGAAUGUGAUGCAAAGCUAUACUUAGUUGGCGGAAGGUGUGCUGACACCUGUCCAGAUGGAUUUAGGCUCAAUUUCUAUGCUACCGAAUGCAUCAGAGUUAUUGAUAAAGAGGAGAUUUGGUUUCCAUUCACAAUAGCCUUUUGCAUAAUGAUGCUACUGGGUGUUGCUUCCUAUGUAUUUGAUAAAAAGAGUUUUAUAGUGCCAAUCAUGAUUGCUCUUUGUGGACCGAUUGAGUUUCUCUCAUAUCUGAUUGCUCUUUACCUUACUUUUGAUUACUCUACUGUAAUCUUUGCUUUGAUUAGCGGAAUCGGAUGUGCCAUAUAUAUCAUCAUAAACUUCUGCUUUACCUUUUAUAUCGAACUAGACUUGAUCAAAAAAGAUAAAAAUUUCCUGAGAUGGAGAAAGAAUCAUAAAAUCACCUUUUACAUAAUUCUUGGAUGUUCAACAAUAUUUUCCUUUAAAUUGAUGAGACUUAUUUAUUCUCAAAUUUUUGGCAAUGACACUUUGAAAGCAUCAUUUAGCAAUCCAGACAAGUUCAAAUUUACUGUAAUAAUCUUCACUUGUAUGCAUUUCCUUUCAAACAUCGCUAUGCUUUUCUAUGGAAUAAGUGGCUUAAUAUAUUACAAAUGGGUUGAUUAACUUUACAUCGGCAUGAUUGAUGUGAUUUUCACUUCAGUGGUGAUGAUCAUUCUUGAGAUAAUAGAACUUAUUAACUUAAAAGUUUACUUGAAAGACCAAAUGAAAUAUCACGAAGUCAAGUCUGACUCAGUGAUGAAUGCCUCUGAAAUGGACGAUACUACUUUUGACAAUAGACUGAGACAAGAUAUGCUCAAAACAAUAAUGAAUAAAGUUAAAGGCAAUCAGGACAUGUUCCUCAACAAUAGACUUGAUGAUCUAUUUGACAAGUUUGGCCAUAGAAAGUGUAACUCAGCUUAAUUUGAGAGAUUCAGAGAGUAGGAUCCAAGAAUGACAAAAUCAUUACCCUCCAGUCCAAACUCUGAUGGCCAAUUUGAUAAAGACGCAAUGAUGUUAGAGAGAUAGGAUAAUGUUUACGCAGAAUCAUAACCACCAAAUCCACUAGGUAAUCAAGGCAAGAUCUUCUUAGAUGCUGAUACUCAAGUCAAAUCAAGCGAUAUGGAUAAAAUAUUAGCGAGAAAGGGAGGUGAGUUGAUGAAUUUUGAAGAUUCUGAGUCAAAUAGAAGAAAAGAUAAGAAGAGUAGAAGAAGAGGCAGAAAAAAUCAGUACUAUACCUAGAUAGAUGCUGAAGAUGAUGAAGAAGUCAUGAAUAACAAUGAUGUAUUUGAUGAUGAUGAUCUGGAUAUUAUAAAGGAGGAAGAUGAAUAAGAAGAGGCCGCUUUGAAAUUAGAAAAAUAGAAGCUUAAAGAAGAGAAUGAAAGAUUACGAAGAGAGGCUGAGGAGCUUGAACAAUAAAAAAUCAUAAAGGAAUAAGAAGAAAGAGCUUAACGAGAGAAAGAAGAGUAAGAGAGAUUGGAACUAGAAAGACUCCUUGAAGAAUAAAGAAUAAGAGAAGAUUAGGAAAGAAUGCACAAACAGGAAGAGGAAAGAUUGAUAAAAGAAUAGGAAGAUGAACUCGAAAGAAAUAAACUAGAAGAGCAGAAGUUAUUUGAGGUAGAAGAUGUUGGCACAGGGGAAUAAGCUAUCCUGUCCAAUAGAUAAAACCUAGCUAAUUUAAUUCCUGACUUAAUAAUUCAUGAAGCACUGGAUGAGACUAUAUCAGAGUCAGAUAAAGCUGGUCUCAAUAAAAAUGUUUUGAUUGAGGAUUCUCUAAAUGACUUUGGCAAACAUUUGUUGAAUAAUGAAGGAGAAGUAUAGGCUCCUCCAAAUGCUUAAAACAGAAACUUCAAUGAGAAUGACAUUCUUGGUGAAUUUGACAGAGAUGAAAAAGGUAAUGUCAUAGUUUUAUAAGAUGAAAAUGGGGACUAUGUUGAUAAGAAAGGGAGGAGAGUCAAUGAGAGAGGAUAUUUGAUUUAAGAAGAGACUGGUGAUAUUAUUGAAAACUAGAACCUUAAAAAAAUGUUUGAUAAAAAUGAAAUGGAUGAAAGGGGCGAGAUUCCAGCUCCAUUCUGUGUAGAAAAAUACAACUUCAAUCCAUUCAAUAUGAAGGGCAAUCUUGAUUAUGAUAAAUAGGGCAGACCUGUUGUAUAAUAAAAUAAGAAUAAGGAGAUUGUUGAUAAGAAUGGCAAGAAGAUUAACAAGAAUGGAUGGCUUGUCGAUUCUAAGGGAAAUAUUGUGGAUAUGUUUGGAAGGAAAAAAUUUGAUAAGAAACAAUUAGCAAACGAUGAACUUCCAAAACUGUUUAACUAUAACGGCAGAAGAUUUGACAUAAAUGAUGUCUGCGGUGUAUUUGAUAAAGAUGCUAAUGGGGCUUUGCUAACUCGAAGAAAUAAGCAAGGAUAGCUAAUAGAUAAUUUGGGAAGACUUAUAAAUGAGAAAGGUUAUCUGGUUGAUCAAAAUGAAAACAUUAUUAAUAAAGAGGGCAAGAAAAUAUUUGAUAAAAAGCAUUUGAAGAACGGUGAUUUCCCUAAAAUUUUCCCCUUCACUAAGUUUAAAUUAAAGAAUAUAACUGGUAACUUUGAGAUGGAUCCUCUAGGUAAUCCAAUACUAGAUAAGAGGAAUGGAGAGUAUUUUGAUAGAGAUGGCAAAAAGGUUAAUCAAAGAGGAUAUUACAUAAAUUAAAAUGGUGAUGUCAUUGAUAAGUAUGGAAAAAUAAUGUUUGACAAAGAGAUUCUUGAUGAUGAAGGAGAAAUACCGAAAGUAUUCAGAACAGGGCUACUUAAGUCAGACACAGCUUCAAGUUUAUCUAGAUUAAUGAGUGAGAUUGAAAGAAACUAACCUUUCGAAGGAGACAGCGACUAAUAGAGAAUCUAAAAAGAAAUGCAAAAGUAUAAGAAGAGCGACAAUGAAUAGCACACAGGCAGGAGAGGUAGUGCUGGUACUUCACUAGAUAGCAUGAUGGGUGAUACUCCGAGUAACUAUAAUGUUGCUAAUUAAAGGUUUGAAUAGCAAUAAAAACUUAGAGAAGCAAUAAGAAAGCAAAAGAACCAACCACAAAUUGUGGAAGAAAAUGACAGCUAGUAUGACAUGGAUGGAACUGAGUCAAACAUGAAGAGACAGAGAAUGAGAAGAAAGAAGAAGGUUGUUUAUAAAGACCCAUCUGAGAAAGAUUUAUAGAUGGCCAAAGCUUACGGAGGAGUAGCAAGAGGACCUUAGAAGAGGUCUACUGGCAAGCAUUCAAAUAGAAUGAUGACAGCUGACUUCUCCUAAUAUGAGGGAAAUAGAAAUCUCUAAAAGCUUGCAGGGUCUAUUUCAGGUUAUCAAAAAGAUAAUAAUGCAAGGUCAAGAGACAGGUUGGAGGAAAUGAAAUAGCAGUUUAUAGGUACAGGCCCUUAAAAUAUUUCAAUCUUAAAUGAAACUAAUGACCCAUCAAUUAUGGCUGUUCCAGAACAUCACAUUAGAGAACAAAGAUUGAAGCAGAGAAAGAUGAAUGAAUUGAAGAAGAAAAAUAAAUUAGCAUAGAAAAAGAAACCUGGUUUAUCAGGUGAUCCAGACUUUGAAAAGAUGUUCGGUAAAGACAUUGAUGAAUUCCUAGAAGAUUCCGACUGGGAUAUCGAAUCAUUUGGCAAAAUGUCAAAUUUAUCUAAAGGCACUUCAAAGAGUGCUUGGGGAGAUGGAAGGAUUAGAGGAUUAGAGAGCAUUUAUCUGCAAAGAAUUGAGACGUCAAUGAAGAAAGGUGGCAGAGCAAAGAAGACUUAGCUGAAGCCAAAUUUCAGAGUAAUGCAAGAUAGAUUCAUGGAUGAAUCAGAGUUGAUGCAGGACAAUAUACCCAGAAUUGAUCGAUCUAGUGGUGUUUCAUAAACUAGGAACAGAGGGUUAAAUCAAAGAUUUAUGGAUAGUGCUAACACUACUGCAAUGGCAAAGAAUUUAGGCGAAAGUAAUAUCUUUACAAAAAUAAAAAAGCCAUCUAAUAACACUUAAUACAGAGAGGGCAGAGAGUUUACCACUAAUAGAUUUAAUAUUUGA